AUGAUGUUGCCGAACCUGCUUUCUGGUCGUCGGCCUGUUACGAGUCGUACGAGCUCUAAAUCGCGAGAACACGAGGAGGAUGUUCCGUGUCAAUCGUCGAAUUUUAACGACUCUCCGAGUCAACAAAAUAAUGAUGGAAAUUAUUCAAAGGUAGAUUCCGAGGAGGAAGCCUCGCUUGCAUCAUUGGCUCACAUUUUAAGGCGGCAGUCUGUUGCCCGCUCGGUUAGCCCAUAUAGGCGCGAAGACGUCGCCUUUACCCCUCAGACUCAGGAUGAAGACUUUAUUAGUGACCAGACAUCAGGGGUCAGUGGCGAUAAUAACUCUGAUUGUGAGAGUGAAGCCAGCCUUGAUCAAGCGGUAUUAUCCCUUUUUGGGAAAAAUGUUGUUCAGUCGUCAAACCUGAGUUCGCCAAUCCAAAAGGACCUCUCAGAAAUUUGGACCGGAAUUUUAAACAAGGGACUUGGUGACGACAAAAGACAAGAAUUACUGAGGAAAUUUCCUCACCCAGAGAAUUGCAUUUCCUUAGCUCCCCCUAAACUGAAUCCCUUGUACAAUACAACCUGGGACCCCUGUAUCGUCCUUAACUACAUAAAAACUUUUCCGAAGGACAUUUCCUUACAACAAUUAACUUAUAAAUUAGCAGCGCUUUUGGCUCUCAGUACAGGACAACGGGUACAAACGCUGGCUAGUAUUGAAAUCUCCAAUAUAGUGAUAGCUGAGGAUGGCAUCACCAUCAAGAUUCCUAAGCGACUUAAAACUUCUGGUGUAAAUAGAUUGCAGCCAACUCUAGUUCUGCCCUUUUACAAGACAGAUCCUUCAUUAUGUGUAGCCAAGUGCUUAAUUCAAUAUUUAAAAGAAACGGUGAAAUUAAGAGACACCCACUGCAACUUAUUAUUUAUUACCUUUAAGAAGCCUUUUAAAAAUGCAAAAUCUAGCUCAAUCAGUAGAUGGAUAAAAGUAGUUCUUAAAAAUAGCGGCCUUGAUACAUCCAUAUUUACUGCCCAUAGUACACGACAUGCAGCCACAUCUGCCGCGGCUCGCAAGGGAGUUAGUAUGGAUGUAAUUAGGUUAGCAGCAGGAUGGACUGACAAAUCAAAGACAUUUGCCAAUUUCUAUCAACGCCCUUUGAUAAAAAAGUCUAAUUUUGCCGAGGCUGUUUUGGGCUCAUAGUUUCUGAGAAAUUACAUUAUCUUUAUGGAGUUCAAUGGAAAUUGA